AUGUCUUUCGGCUUCACAAGCACUUUGACUGCUGAUUACAAUCGUCUCUACGCAACAAAAGAUGAUUACGAUGUAAUCAUUGAUGUGGGGGAAGGACCAGAUAAAAGUGAAUGUCGGGCCCAUUCGAUAAUUCUAAAGACAAGAUCCGAGUAUUUUAGAAUUGCUUUAUCCUCUAAUUGGGCAAAAAAAGAGGGCAAUUAUUACAAAUACUCAAAGCCAAACAUAAGUUCACGCGCAUUUGAUGCUGUACUCAAAUACUUGUACGUUGGCACCAUAGAUGUGUCGCAGGAAAGCCCAGAGACAAUCUUUUCGAUAAUAUUAGCACUUGACGAAAUGCAACUCUAUGCUCCCCUCGGAGUUGUGCAAAAAUUCUUUGUUGACAAUUAUACAAAUUGGAUUGAUAAAAACCCCGUUAAAACUCUAGAAAUGGCCUCAACGAACGAUAAUUUAUCACUUAUCAAAGAAUAUAUAGAAAAAAUCAUUUGUCAGGAACCGGAAAAGUUUUUCGAAUCGACAGACUUUGUCGAUGUAAAAGAACAUUCAUUAAUUGGUCUAUUAGAAAGAGACGAUCUCGUGAUGAAAGAGGUGGACAUUUGGGAAGCCAUAAUUAAAUGGGGUAAAAGUAAGUAUGAUAUAACAGAAGAUAUCGAUAGCGACAGCAUAUAUAAAGAAACGCUCCGAACGAAGUUAGAAAAAUGUAUUAAUUAUAUUAGGUUUUGCAGAAUGACUUCAUCAGAGUACGCUCUGAAAGUGAGAGAACCAUAUAGAUGGCUUCUUCCGCACGGCUUGGAUGAAGAAAUCAUUAACCAUUUUCUUCAGGCGAGGACGGCCGCCAAACCCAUUUUAUCUCAACCACGACGCCGGUCUUUAAAUACUACAUUUAUUUUUGGCGAACAAAUCAGUUAUAUUUAUAGGUGGAUUAUGGAUCAAGAAAUUUCGGCCCCUAAUGCACUUCCGGACUUUAGGUUAAUAUUUAAAGCAGAUCGAGAUGGAUGGGACACUUUUCGUCAGAAAUGUCAAGGCAAGGAAAGGACACUUGUACUUAUUAAAGUUCGCGAUGCGCCUAUUAUCUUGGGAGGAUACAAUCCCGUAACGUGGGAUGUAGAACAGCCAACAGUCGGUGGAAUAACGAGUGCGACUUCUCCAGAUGAGCAAAGAAAACAGGCUCAUCAAAGAAGAAAUGUAAUAUCCAUAUCAUCCCAAUCCCAAGCAAGCUCUUCAACAGCAGCGCCACUACCACCGGCCGGACAAUUUUUCUUUCAACAGCCACUAAGAAAUGCGGGGCUCCCCAGAUUUCAACCCGUGGUUCGAUUACCGCCGCGUCCACCACAGAUUUCAUCUUCACCUGUACAUCCUCAAUUUGGUCGUUUCGAUUUUACAGAAUAUAAUAAGACAUCGAACAGUUUUAUAUUCUUGUUUCAACUGGACAGUAUCCCCCAAAGGGCCUGCAUAAUUGAUUCUAACUUUGCGAUCGACCCAACGGCAGCGAGUCCGAAAUUUGGACGUAGUGAUCUACGUAUCGAAGGGCAAAAGGUUUCAUGCUUACCGAUAGAUUAUGAACCAUCGUUGUCAUUAGAUGGAAUGUACGAUAUUAGCGAUUACGAAGUCCAUCAGGUUCAGUUGCCUUGA